AUGCCAAUGAUUGGUGCACGUUUCUAUGCGCAGUUGGAGACGGCUCAAAUGCGAAACGAUAUGCUUGAGAACGAGCUUAGCAAGGAAUUGGAAAAUGGUCGAUUGUUCCGAAUCUUGUCCAAAAUUAACACAAUAGUGGAAAGACCAGAGUGA